AUGGAUCACGAUUAUAAGGAUACGAUGAUGGAUUGUUAUCCUCGUAUCGUGGGUCUCUUUCAGGACGCCCUCCACGCUUAUCUCGAACAGGCAAGUCGCGCUCUCUUCCAGGCCUUGGCUCUCUUGAGGACUGAUGGUGUUCUCGUUCAGGGCGAUAUGACUCCCGUUCAGGCCGCGCGGAUCGAGCCUUGCGACGAGGCGAAUCCGGGGGCGGUCCAAACGGUGGAGGACUUAGGUUUCGCGAUCGUCUAUCAGGUCCUGCACUGUGACCACGACGUUCAGGUCUUCCUGGGCUUCGUGGGCGGCGGCCUCUUUCCGACUUAUAACGUCGGGGUGGUGGUCCAGACGACGCAUCGGUUGCUGGCUCUCUUCGUACUCUGCGGGGUGGAGCGUCAUCGUAAGGGUCAUACGUUCUCUCCGGAUCGGGAGCAAUAA